AUGCAACAAGGAUUCAAAUCUGAACGAAAAUUGGUUAACCAUGCAUUAACCGGCGAAAAAAACGUCGCAGAUUUAUGGGAGAUAGUCGCUAUCGGCACGUUUUGCUAUGAACAGUCUUUACAGGUCACAUGUAGUACAGCAUACACAACAUCACCAGAACAAUUAUGGUGGAGGGUCGAGCUGACUUACGAGCUUUAUAUAAUUGGCCUUGUUCUCAUAAUACCAGAUUCAGGGACAGAGAAGUAUAGAGGUUUUACCAUAGAGAUAGGAAACGGCACGGGUGUAAAAGACUUAUGUUAUCAACAUGGAACUGACAGUAACGGAAGUAUCAAAAUGAAUAUCUACUGUGAAAAAGAGAUAAUUGGUAAUGUGGUGGAAAUUAAACUCGCUAAAAAUGUAGACAAGCUAACUCUAUGUGAGGUUAGAAUAUUUGGAGGUCGACAUUUAUCGUUUAACAAGUACACUUUGCAAAAAGAAACAACAUUUUGGAACGGAUUUUGGAAUUCAUCGUAUGCGUAG